ACCUGGCUCUUCGGUUAUGAGUUGACUGAUACCAUCAUGGUCUUCUGCGAGGAGAAGAUCCUCUUCAUGGCCAGCAAGAAGAAGGUGGAGUUCCUCAAGCAGGUGGCCCACAGCAAAGGUGGGGAGAACACCAACGGGGUCCCCACCAUCACUCUUCUCGUCCGGGAGAAGAACGAGAGCAACAAGGCCAACUUUGAGAAGAUGAUCGAAGCUCUGAGGUCCAGCAAGGGCGGGAGGCGCAUCGGGGUCUUCAGCAAGGACAGGUUCCCCGGGGACUUCAUGAAGAGCUGGAACGACUGUCUCAGCAAGGAGGGCUUCGAGAAGGUGGACAUCAGCGCGGUGGUGGCCUACACCAUGGCGGCCAAGGAGGACGUGGAGCUGAACCUGAUGCGCAAGGCGGCCGCCAUCACCUCCGAGGUCUUCACCAAGUUCUUCAAGGAGCGCGUCAUGGAGAUCGUGGACGCCGACGAG